CCGUCCCCUCUAAAUUAGGUAUAAUAAACUUUCUAUUUUUCUUUCACUAAACGAAUAAGUGGUCACUCUGCCGCCCAUACUUGUAACAACAGUCUGCAUCAAACCAAGCGUGCUUUCGCUCCCCUUUUCUGCAUUCAUUCUGUCGAUCAGGUUAUUAUUUAAUGGCGAUGGUUCAGGCAUUUCGUCGAACACCUGGUGGAUCGGCCAUCGUUGCAGAUUCGGUUCGGUUUAUUACAUGCUGGAGACAUUUUUCUACGGCUUUUAGAGAGGAAAGAGAUACGUUUGGACCAAUUCAAGUCCCGUCUGAUAAGUUAUGGGGAGCUCAAACACAAAGAUCUUUACAGAAUUUUGAAAUUGGAGGUGACCGUGAAAGAAUGCCAGAACCAAUCAUUCGUUCUUUUGGAAUCCUCAAAAAGUGUGCUGCUAAGGUAAACAUGGAAUACGGCCUUGAUCCAUCCAUAGGGAAAGCAAUAAUGGAAGCUGCACAAGAAGUGGCUGAGGGGAAGUUAAACGAUCACUUUCCACUAGUUAUAUGGCAGACUGGCAGUGGCACUCAAAGUAAUAUGAAUGCCAACGAGGUCAUUGCAAAUAGAGCAGCUGAAAUACUUGGCCAUAAGCGCGGUGACAAGUUUGUGCACCCAAAUGACCAUGUUAACAGAUCACAGUCUUCAAAUGAUACAUUCCCAACUGUUAUGCAUAUUGCAGCUGCAACCGAAAUCAACUCUAGACUUAUCCCAAAACUUAAGCAACUGCAUACAGCCCUACAAGCUAAGACAAAUGAGUUCUCUGAUAUAGUUAAAAUUGGGCGUACUCAUACUCAAGAUGCAACACCCUUGACUCUUGGGCAAGAGUUCAGCGGCUAUACCACACAAGUGAAGUAUGGAAUUGAUAGGGUCAUGUGCACUCUCCCUCGCUUGUAUCAGCUUGCACAAGGUGGCACUGCUGUAGGGACAGGAUUGAACACAAAGAAAGGAUUUGAUGUAAAGAUUGCUGCAGCUGUUGCUGAUGAAACAAGGUUACCAUUUAUAACAGCCGAAAAUAAGUUCGAGGCGCUGGCUGCGCAUGACGCCUUUGUUGAAGCUAGUGGAGCGUUAAACACAAUUGCCACUUCUCUUAUGAAGAUUGCUAAUGAUAUACGGUUUCUAGGAAGUGGUCCACGUUGCGGUCUUGGGGAACUUAUUCUUCCUGAGAACGAACCUGGUAGCAGCAUCAUGCCUGGGAAAGUGAAUCCUACACAGUGUGAAGCUCUAACUAUGGUUUGUGCUCAGGCAAUUGGAAACCAUGUAGCCCUUACAGUGGGCGGUUCAAAUGGACAUUUUGAGCUUAAUGUUUUCAAGCCGAUGAUUGCUAGCACUCUUUUACACUCAAUCAGACUUCUAGCCGAUGCAUCUGCUUCUUUCGAAAAGAAUUGCGUGAGUGGCAUUCAAGCAAAUAGGGAAAGGAUAUCAAAGCUAUUGCACGAGUCACUUAUGCUUGUGACAUCCUUAAAUCCUAAAAUUGGCUAUGACAAUGCUGCAGCGGUUGCCAAAACUGCCCACAAACAGGGAUGCACACUCAAGGAAGCUGCUCUUAAACUGGGAGUGUUGAAUAGUGAAGAAUUCGAUCAGCUUGUAGUGCCGGAAAAGAUGAUUGGCCCCAGUGAUUGAAGCAACAUGUGAUUGAAUGUGUUACGAAGCUGAAACCAUUUCACAGGAAGUUAUUGAGAUAGGAAAUAAAUGAUGAUUUGUGUAUCAUAUUUCAGUUAUUCUUUGGAAGUAUUUUGUUCUUCCGGAGUGACAGACAUUUAUUCAUGGAUGUUGUAGAGGAACUACAUGUCAAUGGCGAUAUUUUUGCCAGAUAACAUUGCUUGAUUUUGUUGCAUAUUUCAGCUGCAAUAAAUGCAAUUAAAUGUUGUGUAAUUGUUAA